AAAGGAAGAGAGGAGAGGGAGACGACAGAAAUCAAAGAUCCCUCUUUUGUCCACUUCUUUGGGACCCCGUCACAUGGGGUCAACCCGGGCUGGGAUGGCUAAUAGUUACGGCUGCAGAUGAGCGCGCGCGCUAAUUAGAAAAACCUGGUGAAGCAAUUAAGCUCAAAAGCGAGACGCCGCGCGCGGACGGUGAGCGCGUGGAACUUAUCUUGACCGCACUUAUAAACAUAAAGUGACGCUAAUUUAGGUGGUCGGCCACUAAAAAGAAAGUUUAUACGCGAGGCUUUGUGGCGUGUGAGUGAGUGUCCGCGAGGCGACUGUCGGAGCGGCGCGUGCGGAGAGUGGCCCUAUUUAGCGCUCCAGUCACCUCGGCAACAUGAGUUGGAGCUUCCUAACCCGCUUGCUGGACGAGAUCUCCAACCACUCCACCUUUGUGGGGAAGAUCUGGCUGACGGUGCUCAUCAUCUUCCGCAUCGUGCUGACAGCCGUUGGCGGUGAAACCAUCUACUAUGACGAGCAAAGUAAAUUCGUCUGCAACACAGCCCAGCCAGGUUGCGAGAAUGUUUGCUACGAUGCCUUUGCGCCGCUCUCGCACGUGCGAUACUGGAUCUUCCAGGUGAUCAUGAUCAGCACCCCGACCAUCAUGUACCUGGGAUUUGCCAUCCACAAGAUCGCACGUAUGGGCGAUGGCGACUACCAGCAAUUUCAGAACAAGAAGAGGAUGCCGGUGGUGAAGCGAGGGGCAGCGCGAGACUACGAAGAGAUGGAGGACAACGGCGAGGAGGACCCCAUGAUCCUUGAUGUGAUCGAACUAGAAAAGCCGGAGAAAGCUGAUACAAAUGGUUCUGUGAAGAAGCACGACGGUCGACGGCGGAUUCUCCGUGACGGACUCAUGAAAGUCUACAUCUGCCAGCUGCUGUGGCGCUCUGGCUUCGAGAUCGCCUUCCUUUGCGGACAGUACAUCCUGUACGGCUUUGAGGUGAUUCCCUCGUACGUGUGCACUCGCUCGCCGUGCCCGCACACCGUGGACUGCUUCGUGUCCAGGCCCACCGAGAAGACCAUCUUCCUGCUGGUGAUGUACGCUGUCUCGUUCCUCUGCCUCCUCCUCACCAUCUUGGAAAUCCUCCACUUGGGCAUCGGCGGCAUACGCGACACCUUCCGCCGACGGGCCGCACUCAACGCGCGCACUUCCCGUCUGCCCUCAUCCCGCUCCAUACCCACCGCUCCGCCAGGAUACCACGCCACCAUGAAGAAGGAGAAGAUCAAGGAACUGAGAGACUUGCCGAUCGGGGACUCUGGGCGUGAGAGCUUUGGGGAUGAGGGCCCCUCGUCCAGGGAGCUUGAGCGUUUGAGGAGGCAUCUGAAGAUGGCGCAGCAGCACCUGGACCUUGCAUACCAGGCAGAUGAAGGAAGCCCUUCACGCAGCAGCAGCCCGGAGGUCAAUACAGCUGUGCAGACAGCUGCUGAGCAGAACCGCCUUAACUUCGCCCAGGAGAAGCAGGGAGAGGCCAGUGAGAAAGGAAUACAUGCCUGAACGUACGUCCGACCUCGGCUUCUGCCCGCCCGCUCCUACCGGCCUUGAACACACGGGGAAGCACAUACAGGAAUGCAGUCAGACCACUGAGGGAGACCAAAGCAUGGCUGAGGGAACUGUGCCUUUCAGUAUUGGUGGUCCGAAGUGCUGACAGACAGUGUCAUGACACUUCCACCACUCAUCCCGGACUUUGCGCUUGCCAGCCUUCCGUUCCAAUCCUCCUCUCAUCUCAACCUGGAUGGUUCCUUUCCUGCCUUCGCAGUGAUCCGUCUCCAUGCUGGACUUCUCUAAGGUUUAUGGUUAUCUGUACUUUUUUUGGUUUUUGUUUUCCAGCUGAAUGUUUCAUUGAGGUUGGUUAUGUUUAAAGGGUCAGACUUUUUUUUUUUUUUUUUUAGGAUGCUUUUGUUUUGAAACAGUGAUUUAUUGGCAAGAAUUCACGCCGGUUCCAAAACCUUUUUCCAUUUCCAAACCACAUUUACUCAAGUCGGCCAAACCAUAUUUACCUGGGCGAUGCUUGAAUUUUUCAUUGACAAAAUUCUUUAAACAUUUUAGUUUUUCAUUUUUGUGCAAUCAGCUUUUUUUUUUUUCGCCUUUGACCAAAGCUCAAGUUUCACCUUUUUUACUGGUGAAAAACGUAUCACUUUCUCAGCCGUUUCAGCUUAAAGCAUGCUGUUUCUACAUCCUUCUUGUUUAAGUUAAGUCAUGCUAAGAUUAAAACGCACAUUAAGAAUA